UCAACGGGUACGCCCUUUAUCUGAAGAAGAAAAGGCAAGAAGAAGAGAAAGAGAAAGAGAGCGACGAAGAAAUCUUAGUGAAGAACAACGAAGGCUUGAAAGGGAGAGAAAACGUGAAUGUAGACGAAACAUGACUGAAGAAAGCCGAGAAAAUGAACGCGAAAGAAAACGGUUAUCGAGGGAUAAUUUCACAGAAGAAAACCGAGAAUCGGAACGUCAAAGAAAAAGGGUUUCUAGAGAGAAGUUUACCGAGGAAAGCAGAGAACAUGAGCGUCAGAAAAAAAGAGCCUGGCGAGAAAAAUUAAGCUUAUCAGAAUUGGAAAAGGAGAAAGAUUGUACUGAAGGGAAAUGGAGAAAAACUUCAGUUGAUGAAUUUGAAGGCACCUUUGGUGGAGAACAAAAGGAAGACAUAAAUGAUAUCUACAGUGCACGUGCAUCAACUUCAGGUGUAAGUUUACAAUAUGAUGAUGUUAAUGUUGUUGAGAAUUCUAUCGUCCAAACAGGUGUAGGUCAUCCAGAUGAUAUGCAAAGUAAUAUUUGGAGGAAGUUGACAUUCAUCAUGUUGAAGAAUACGAGUUACCCAGAACACCUUGCAACCCACAACUGCAUGCUGAAACUAGUAUUCAAAGUGAAGAAAGUGAACUCAUUGCAGAAGCAGGAGCUGUACAGCAUACUACCCAUUUGGAGGAUAUUGGCAAUCAACAUACUGAGCCAGAUGACGACAGACAACCAUGUGUUGAAGCUAACGACCGAAACGAUGAAAGUGGACUGAUUGAGCGAGCAAGAGCUGUUGGCAUUGCCUAUGAGUUUGCAAAACCUGGUAGUACUGAGACUGAUGACGAUAAGAGAAGACGGAGACGCCGAAAUCAAAGACGGAUUUUGCAAGGCGAAAGGAGACUCCUUGAAGUGAUAAAUGAUCUUCCCCCACCACCCCCACCGGGAUCAAGUCAACAUGAAGAUGAAUGCUAUGCUGCUAUUCGAGCAUUUGAGGUUGAACAAAUGACCUAUGAAUUCAGUUGUUGUAAUGUAUGCAGAGAAAGACGACUUCAACUGAAACCCACAAGAGGUGAUUGUUGCUCACGUUGUAAAAGGGACAAGCAAACUCCAAAGUUAUGGUCAGAAGAAAAUAACAUGGACCCUGGACUUGUCCCAGAUGAGCUUGCAGAUCUAACAGAUGCCGAGCAGAUGCUUAUAGCAAGACUUGCACCUGCCAUUCAUGUACGUAUGCUGAAACACGGUGGCAUUGGCUCGAGAGGGCACUGUGUCGCAUUCCCACAGGMUGUUCAAGAACCUGCUACAAUCCUUCCACGUUUACCCGCAGAGGUGGAUAUCAUUCGUGUACGAAGSCAAGGCAAGGAUGAUACACAUAAAGAUUUCAGAGUGCGAAGGCAUCGUGUGGAGGCAGCAAUUCGAUGGUURAAGCACAACAACCCUGCUUAUAGUACUAUAACCAUUGAUGACGCUCGAAUUCAAGACUUGCCCGAGGAUGGCGAAUUACCCCAACUACGCACAGUGGAAUUUACAGAGACGCAACRUGAAGAUGACCAAGGGCCAGCCCCAAAUCAGUUAGAUCUUGAAGUGGCAGAAAAUGAUGAGGAGACUGUUUCUGGAGUACUACUGCCCGAACCUGGUGUGAAUGUGCAAGAACAGAUUGAGACAGCUGUGAACCAACUCACCGAGUCUGUACAUGAUGAAGAAUCGAAUAACAGACACACAGUUGAACGACCGGUUAUCCCAUGGCCAUCGACAGAUACGACACCAGCAUCAGAAUUUAGUACACCCUAUUUUUUCACAAUGGCAUUUCCCUGUCUCUUCCCUAAAGGAAAUGGAGAUUACAAUACAAACCGUGCAAGAACCUGUACAGCACUACACGAGUGGGCAGAGCAUUUGCUGUGGUUUCAGGAUGGACGAUUUGCCAAGCACAAAGUGUGGAAAUUUGUAGUACACAACAUGGUUAUGAGAAAACGAGCCCUUGAACAGAGCAGAUAUUUCGUUGACCAGCAACUCGGAGAACCCCACMUGACUGUGGCUGAUCUGCAAGAACGCUUUGCAAGAGGAGAUACAACCAUAGCGAAUAAGCUACUGUAUUUUGGAGCCAGUUUGCGUGGUACUUCACAGUAUUGGCAUCAAAGACGUAGAGAACUUCGAGCAAUGAUAGAGUUCAUGGUAAAUGAGAAGCUUGGCUUACCAACAUUUUUCAUGACAGGAAGCUGUGCUGAGUUCUACUUCCCACCAUUAAGAAGGCUUUUAGAAAAGUACAUCUUGGAAACCACUGGAGAAGUUGUCAACCUACUUGAAGACAGCAAUGCACGAUUCAAAGCAGUACAGGAGAACACCCAUGUUGUGGUUUCUUACUUUGAUGCCCGCACCCAGAGCUACCACGAGAAGAUAGUCAAAGGCGUGUUUGGUGUUAGCGACUAUUGGUAUCGGUACGAGUUCGCAAAGUCGAGAGGACAAAUACAUUGGCACCAGCUUAGUUGGAGAGGUGACAGAGAGCCGCACGUCUUACUCAACAAUGCCAGAGAGGAGGAAUGCGAUGAUGAUGAGCGUGUUUCAAGACUUAGUGAUUGGGUUAAAGACAAGUUUGAUAUGUCUGCUUCGCACCCUGCCGGCAAAGAUGACCAAGGAAAUCCAAAAAAGGAGUUCUGGCCACCACCAGAAGGUUCUGCAGAGAUGUAA